GCUGAUCAAACGUCAAAAUUUUUCGCACGCCAUCCAUUGUGUGCGGAAGUCACCCAUUUUUUUAAAUCACAAAAAUCACAGGUUUUCAACAACAAAAUCAAAGUAUAACCGUCAACAUAGAUUUGUUAAACAAUAAUGGGUCUACCAGGUUGUGGAAUACCGGAGGCUGACCUCCCGCAGUGCUGGACUGACGACGUUCGUAUGAACGCUUUAUUCGCUCCGUUUCGUAUUAAAGCUGCGAACCCUGAAUCUUGGGAUAUGAAGAUGAAAUUCUGGUCUGACAUGCUGCGGCAGUGGUGCAGGAGUAGGAAGGAUCCUAUAGUAUCGGCUGCUGACGCUAAGACAGCGUUUAAUCGGAAAGGGCGAACCCCAGCAUGCUUGGACAUAGUCGUCGAAGAAUUGUAUCGCAACGGAGACCUCUGCCCCCUAUCAAAAUACCAGCAGAUCCUUCACAACGGACCAGAAGGUUGGGUGAAGUGGGGUGCCCGGCUGGCGUUCAGGCCGGCAGCCUUCGCGCUGACAGCGGUGGCGUCGCUCAUGCCGGCGCGACAGACUGUGGACAACGACGGCCUGCCCAGAGCCAGCAUCGAGGCUACGCAGCGGUUUGUGCUGGAGAGCGCUGUUAAAGAGCAAGCAACAGAAUUCCUUCAAAAAUAUCCCCCCGGUGUAGAACGUAUGGGUACCAUCGAAGAGCUGAUGAGGAACACAGACUGGGCACACGGCAGGGAGACGUUUGAGCUGAUACUCGGGUACCUGGUUGCUCAGGGAGCUGCUGUUAAGAAGGGGGAUGUCGUUAAAUUGGCGGAACCCGACAAGAAAGUAUCCCCAGUGACGGAAACAGACGAGGCUCUCGUCAAGCUGAUGUGCGCGGAGACGCGGCUGGAGGGCGAAGCCCUGCGCCUGGCGCGGGACGCGGCGGCCGCGCAGGCCGAUGCUAAAGCCGCGCUUACUGUGGGGAAUAAGUUGGCUGCCAAGAACCAUCUCCGUCGCAAACACAAGACAGCACAACGUCUAGAGCGUUGCAACGCGGCGCUAGAGAACGUGCAACAGUUGCUGCAGCAGAUGAGAGACGUGCACGUUAACGCUGCUAUUGUGCAUACUUACAGAUCCAGUUCAGAUGCAAUGAAGAAAAAUUUGAAAGAAAAUGGUAUGGAGGAAGACGCUGUCCAUGAUACCAUGGAUGAUUUGAAAGAGGUAAUGGAGCAAUACGGUGAAGUAGAAAAAGCCCUGGGCACCAACAUAGAAGAUUUCGACGCAGCCGAGCUGGAGGAGGAGUUGCAGGAACUCCUGGCCGGCCCCGGGGGGACCGGUGGAACUCCUGGCAAGGAGGAGAAGAAAGAAGCCCCCAAGCUGCCAGUAACCCCGUCUCCUGCCCCCGGACGCAAGAUAUCGGAGCGCGAGUUCGUGUUCGACGGCGAGGCUCGCAUGCUGGCCGAACUAGAACUGCUGGAUGAUGACGACGCCAGGCAGGCUGAUGAUGCACCAGCACAAAAAUCCAAACCAGUAGCGAUCGCGGAAACAGUCCCGACCCCCGCCGUUACAAAGCCGAAACCUUCUCAGCCUUGGUACCCGGCCGCGGGAGAAGGUGUCCGCAGUAACGCGUGGUCAGCCAACAACAAUGUGGAUAUCGCGAGCUUCGGUGAACUUAGGCAGGACGAUAGGCUGCAUCCUGGCCAACAACUGAACGUGGACUUCACCCGUCCACCCCGACUUUACAACAGCGACUUCCAAGUGCAGGACCACAAGCUGUCCGGCGGCGUCUGGCUGUACAGCAGGGAUAGCAACAGCAAUGUGGACACCAGCACUGACUACUUCAGUGCCGAAAGUCCAACAAAGUCGACGACCGCCACCGGCUUCCAAAUGGCCCCCGGUGGCGAAAGACGGAAGUCUACGACUGAACCCACUUCUAAAGACUCCGUUGACGAACUACAGAGGAGGCUGGACAACCUUAGAGGUUUUAACUUAUAAUAUUAGAUUUUCUUUUUAAUAUUUAAGGUCAUUUUGUUAUAAUUCUUUGUCAAAAAUGUAGUCUACAAAGUUCUGCCAGUGGUUUUGUGACUAAAACAAUAUCCUAUGUACGUUUUCCCGGGUCUAAACUCCCUAUCUCCCCUCUUUUCAGCUGAAAUGGUUCAGCCAUUCUUAAGUUUUUACAGCCAGU